UCAGUCACAACACACAAACAUGCUUUCUGUGGUGAUACAGAGCAGUGCAGUCACUUUGCACAGCUGUCUACUCCUUGUUACUCUGAGUCUGGUGCUGCUAAGUAAAGUUGCAGUAGCCACAGCAAGCAAUGAAGACCCUAGCGUUCGUCAAGCUCGCUCAGCGGGAGGCCCAGUGGUAGUUCACCCACUGGACUGUGUUUUAUCAGAGUGGAGCGCAUGGUCACGAUGUGACAUCUGUCAGAAGAAGAGAUAUCGCUAUGCUAAAGUGGAGCAGCGAGCUCAGUUUGGAGGGGAGAUGUGCAAGUCUCAUGGCAGGGAAGAGGAGGCCUGUAAUGUUCCCGCCCGCUACACUUGUGACAGUGUUCCUGUAUGUGAGGGCUUCCUCUGCACGCAAACAGGUCGCUGUAUUCCUCGAACUCUGCAGUGUAACGGGGAGGAUGACUGUGGGGACAUGUCAGAUGAAGAAGGCUGCAGGAGGGUUCCCAAGCCCUGCAGACAGGACGCAGAGGAGUACUGGGGAAUUGAAAACCUUGCCAAAGGAAUAAAUGUCCUGAACAGUAACCUGGAAGGAGUGGUGCUUGAUAACAGAUACUAUGCAGGUAGCUGCCUGCCCCACUACAUCCAGGAUGUCAGUUUCAGGAAGCCCUACAACGUACAACAGUACACAUUACAGACCAAAGGCUCCUACGAUUUCAGCCUUCAGGCUUUUGAGACUUACUCUGACUACAUGGACUACACUAUGAAGGAGCGCUGGAGCAAAACCAGCGUUUCAAUUGGUCUUGCCAUUACAGGCAUUUUUGAGUUUGGCUUAAAACACAGUGAUAGCAAAUACAGCAAAUCAGUUCAGAAGAUCUACCGUGCCUCUGGCAAGGGCUACAGCUUUGUGAGGGCCAAGGCAGAGCUGGAGUUGGCCCAGUACGUGCUAAAGCCGGAUGAUUUAAUGCUUCAUCCUGAGUUUCUGCAGCGCCUACGCUCACUGCCACAGGCUUAUGUUUAUGGGGAAUACAGGCAGAUCUACAGAGACUAUGGCACCCACUACAUCACUGAGGCUGCCCUCGGAGGAGAAUAUGAGCUGACCAUUAUUUUGAACAAAGAGAGGCUUGCAAAGACAGAUUAUUCUUUAGAAGACUACAAGAACUGUGUCCAGUUUGGUUUAAAGGUUGGAGUGAACAUAGGCAUUUACGGAGCAGUGGGGUUUGAUGGGGGAUCCUGUAACGAGCUGUUGAAUGAGAUGGGAGAUGAGACGAAGAAUGACAGUGCGGUGGAGGACUUCAAUGCUGUUGUAAAAGGUGGAAGUAGCAAAUCUGUCUCUGCUUUGUUGUCUAAGACGCUUCCCACCCCUGAGCUGAUGAGGUUAUGGGGUGAAGGUGUGCGGUUCAACCCUGACUUCAUUCGCCAAACAACACGACCACUGUAUGAGCUGGUGACCUCCAGAGACUUUUCCCAGCAUGCCAUGCUGAAAAGAAACCUGAAGAGAGCCCUGUCAGAGUACCUGGAAGAAGAUAGUCCGUGCCGCUGUGCUCCCUGUCACAACAAUGGAGUGGCGUUUCUGAGAGGUACAAAGUGUGACUGUGUGUGUCCUUCUGGCUACACUGGAAGGGCCUGUGAGGAAACUCAUAGGCGAAAAGAAAUAGCCAUUGAUGGCAACUGGAGCUGCUGGGGUGUGUGGUCAUCCUGCAGUGGAGGGCAAAGGACAAGAAGUCGACAGUGUAACAACCCUGCACCCAGCAAUGGAGGCAUGACAUGCAGAGGGCUGCAGCAAGAGUCGACUGAUUGCUUUUGAAAUCCUCUGUCAAAGAUGCCAUAAAGAUUUAUAAAACAGAA